AUGUUGUUUCUUGUUCCCGGGCGGACCGUUUUCGCCGUUGCACUUAGAUGUCAGUGGUACAUGGCGUCCGGAUUCAUAUUAAAUCGUGGUGCGCUGACAUUAGGAAUUCACUGCCGGCGUGUUUGCAGAAAUAUAACUUUAACUCAGGUCAGAGAGAAGAAGAGAUGGAUGAAAACGUACACAUACCUCAUGGCGAAGAAGUUGAAGCUGGAAGGACCUCCGCCACCCAAGCCACGCUCUCAGCAGCCUAACUGGGAUUACCAUGCUGAGGUUCAGGCUUUCAGCACCCGCCUCCACGAGAACUUCUCCCUGGAGGUGCUGAAAACAGCCUUCAUCAAUCCCUGUUACCUGCAGGCAGAGCAAGAGAGGAGAAAGGAGUUAGGCAUGGACUCUGAGGCCACAGCUCUUGUUCUGAAAGAUAAUAUUCAGUUGAGUGAAAAGGGAGCGGGUUUCACUACAAGCUUCCUGACCGACUGGUGCAGGGCCAGCUUCCCGAGCCUGCCGAGUGAGGGGGUGGAUGGCGUCGUAGGGCACCUCACCAGUUCAGCAGUUGUGACCUAUGUAGCAAGAAAUCUCGGCAUCGAAGACCUAACCAUGAGUGGAGAAUGCCCUGUUCCUGAUGAUGUGAUUUACUCAACAUUCAUGGCCGUGAUCGGAGCUCUACAGGAGAGCAGCGGUGCGGAGCGAACCGGGUUUUUCCUCAGGGAUUUCUUGGUCACUCAGCUGAUAGGGAAGGACUUGUUUGAUAUGUGGACAGUUGUCAACCCCAUGGGAUUAUUGGAAGAGGAGCUCACUAAGAGGAACGUUCUAUUGCCAGAGCCUCGCCUCAUCAGGUCUGCUGGAGCCAGUACCGUCCUGCCACUAUACUUUGUCGGCUUGUACAGUGACAAGAAGCUUCUGGCUCAGGGUCCAGGAGAGACGCUCGUGGCAGCCGAGGAAGAGGCAGCUCGCGUGGCCCUCCGGAAACUCUACGGCUACACUGAGAACCGCAGACCCUUUGACUUCUCUCCACCGCAGCAGCAUCAGCAGCCAUUUAUUCAAUCAGUCAGCAGCAAUUAAUGAAGUAACAACUCUUAUACUGCAGCAGAAAAUCAUUUAAAGGGGCUGCAGUUGGACAGGGAGGUGGCAUGAAUCCACCUAAGAGGUCAUUUGAGGUAUAGAACGUCUCAGUUGUGGGUAACGGACUUGCUACAGAUUUUAUGGAGAAAGGGAAUAAGGUUACCAUCUACCUUAUUACAUACUAGGCCAACAGUGCACUUGUCAACAUUGUUCUGUUGGGUAUGUCAGCCCCCCCCCAACCAAAGGAGGGCAAAAUAAACCUUAUUGUCCAUUGAAAAUGUGUGACUUUGGCAGAAGAUCCAUGUAUCCACUGAAUCAGACGGAAAUCUCAGCAUUGUUGAAUGAAUUUGGAAGCAUAUUCAAGAGUAAAGUCCACUGGUCCCCUUGGCCAGUAACCUAUAGGUUCAGCAGUCCAUUGCAAAAAAUAGCCCUGAUAUCUGGUUGUCCUUGUAAAUAAUAAAGGUGCCAUUUGGUUUACUUGGUAUUCUGUUAUAAUAUGUUCAUCUGUAAUAAAAAGUAAUAAGAAGGUGUACACAA